GAUAUUAUUCGAGUUUUUCAGCUUGUUUACACUUUACAGCGUGUGUUUUGUCGUCUGUAUUUUUAUUAAAAAAUUACGUUUUUUAAUUAAAAAUGGUAAAAUUAUCAGUGCAUGAAAAGUUGAAAUAUGUCUCCUAUUGUAGAAUUUAAUGAUUUUCAAUAUGAGAUAGUCGUUAAACUCUUGUAAUCACUAGUUUUGUCAACAUCAGAGCAUCAAAACACUACUUGCAACUGGAUGUAAUGUCUGUUAGAAAUGAUUUUAUUUAUGUACCUAAGAAUAUAGAGCUGCAAUGGAAAUCCAUUGCUUUUUAGUGGAUACACUUUCCUCUAUUUGUAGAGAUGAUGUUUGUUAUGAAUCAGUAUAAACAGAAUUUUGAAUCAACUUAGUACAUAACCUCAAUCUUGAACAUCUCUUGAACUAAGUCAGUAGAAUAUUAUAAAACUUCCAAAAAAGACAUGAUCAAGAUGAUAUGUACCCGACUGAAAUGGCAUUAUAUAAAUGUCAAGUUGUGCAUUGUCUCACUGUUCUGCAACAAUCACGUGACCCAAAGCUACGCCGCUGAUGUCUUCAUGGAACCGAUCAUUUGGUUCGUCGACAAUUUCACUAAAUGCUUGGGACCGGUAUUUGUGGGAUGCGUGGUGUGUUUAAUGAGUGCUGUGAUAUUUAUUGCCUACUGGAUAGGCUUGCCUUAUUGGUGGGAGAAAAGCUACGAGACAACGAUUGGUCUGCUUAUUGUGGGGAACUGGCUGCUGGUCAAUACCCUCUUCCAUUAUUACAUGGGGGUUGCUACCCCACCUGGAUAUCCUCCUCAGGAAUCUUUGAUACCGGAGGCAGUCAGCAUUUGCAAGAAAUGUGUGGCUCCAAAACCACCCAGAACGCACCAUUGUUCAGUGUGCAACCGGUGUGUCCUGAAAAUGGACCAUCAUUGUCCUUGGCUGAAUAACUGUGUGGGUCAUUACAAUCACAGAUACUUCUUCAUGUAUAUGGUGUACAUUGUGCUGAGUACAUUCUUCCUCAUGAUUUUCGGCGUGGAAAUAGCCUACUACGAAGUGUGGCUUGGGAAUGGAAGUGUGGAGGCCGUGGUGGAUGAAGACGCGAAUGUGGAGCCGGUUGGAUUUCCGCUCAAGUUCAACCAGUCUAUGAUGACAGAUCCAAAUUGGAAGACUGAAGUUGAGAAACUAUCUACGAAUCCUGAAGUACAGUGGAGGCGAAGAGCUAUCAUUUUCAUGGCUUUCAUUUGCAGUGGUGCAUUCAUAGCUUUACUGAGUUUGUCAGUGUGGCACUCUCGGCUUAUAAGACGUGGUGAGACCAGCAUAGAAGCCAAUAUUAAUAAGAGUGAAACAAAGCGUCUAGCCAAGAUGAAUAAAGUUUAUGUCAACCCUUAUGAUUUUGGAACAAAGAAGAAUUGGGAGUUAUUCCUUGGUAAUGGAAGAUGUCGGGUUUGGCUAUGGAAUAUAUUUCCAUCGAGACAUAAACCGAUUGGAGACGGCCUCACAUGGUCGACUAUCUAUUCAGUUGAGGAGGCGAAUGAAAUAGAUCAUUUCAAAAUUGCCUAGACGUGGUUCGGUUACUUAUUAGAAUUCCAUGGUAGCACGUAAGUCUAUUUCUAAUUUUGUACCAUUAAAUGCGUAAUCGUUUUUCUAUCA